AUGGAUCCGAGUGGGAUGAUGAACGAAGGAGCACCCUUCAACCUGGCGGAGAUCUGGCAGUUUCCGUUGAACGGAGUUUCCAACGUGGCUCAACAGCUCGAGGGUUCGAAUCUAACCACCACCAUCUCCGGCAAUCAGGCGCGUAUGACCCACGCGCUCUCGCAGGCGGUGAUCGAAGGCAUCUCCGGCGCGUGGAAGCGGCGAGACGAAGAGUCCGAGUCGGCGAAGGUCAUCUCGACCAAUAACUGCAAUGGCGCGAACGAAGGUGAGAACAAAAGACAGAAGAUAGAUGAAGUGUAUGAUGGUAAAGCGGAAGCAGUAUCGCCGGAGACGAACAUGGAUCAGAAGAAGCUUGAACUAACAAAAGAUUAUAUUCAUGUUCGAGCAAGAAGAGGUCAAGCUACUGAUAGUCACAGUCUAGCUGAAAGAGCGAGAAGAGAAAAAAUAAGCGAGCGGAUGAAAAUCUUGCAAGAUCUUGUGCCAGGAUGUAACAAGGUCAUUGGAAAAGCACUUGUUCUAGAUGAGAUAAUCAACUAUAUACAAUCAUUGCAACGUCAAGUUGAGUUUUUAUCGAUGAAGCUCGAAGCAGUCAACACAAGAAUGAACCCUGGCAGCGAGGUUUUUCCACCGAAAGAGUUUGGUCAGCAAGCGUUUGAGAAUCAUGAGAUGCAGUUUGGGUCGCAAUCUACAAGGGAAUACACUAGAGGAGCAUCACCAGAGUGGUUGCAUAUGCAGAUACGUUCAGGUGGUUUUGAAAGAACAUCCUCAUAA